UAUAUCAAUCUAUAACGAGCUAAGAUAAAGCGUUGGUUGAUCUGUACUUAAAGGAUUGUGUAGGUGUAAAGAAGAGUGCUCCGAAUGGAUCAUUUAAAGAUUUUGAUUUURAAUGUAGUGCUUCUAUCUACGAGAGAUGCUAGAACCGAAAGAUURUUUAAAGAUGGUGAAGUCAUACUUGGGGCCAUGGCACGUCUUCACCUUCAAAGAGACACGAACAAGUGUGGACAGUUUUAUCCACAAGGACUCGGCCGAGUUGAAGCCAUGUUAUACGCAAUUCAACAAGUAAACAACAACACCAACCUUCUUAAGGGCAUUAAACUUGGCUACGACAUACGGGACUUUUGCCAGGAUCCGGUCAGGGCUGCAAAGCAUGCCUGGGAGUUUGCAAUAGCAUCCAAAAUGGCGGACUGUGGAAACGUCUCAUGCUCGUCUGACGGUCAAUGUCAGUGUCAAAAAACCAGUAACAAAAAUAAUAGUUAUACGAUGACGAAACCUGUGGCUGCAAUAGUUGGAGCAUUGACUUCUCGAGCAGCUAUCCCAUUGGCUAAUUUCUUACAAGCCGUGAGGAUACCGCUGAUUGACUCGGCUGCUACCAGUGAAGAGCUCAGCUCACCGCUGUAUGACAGCUUUUUUAGGACAAUUCCAUCGGACGUGAAUCAGGCCAAAGCCAUUGCAGACAUAAUCGACCAUUUUCAAUGGAGGUACGUAGCUGCGGCAGUGGUAGAUGAUUCCUAUGGCCGACACGGAGCCAAAGCCCUAGAGCGAGAAUCUCACAAACGUGGAACAUUCUAUAUUGACCUAAUAGGCUAUAUUCCUAUAUCAAACUAUGACAGCAAACUCAAGUCGAUCGUAACAGUGUUAAAACAACGUAAAACUGUACGUGUUAUAGUUCUCUGGAGUCAUUCUUUUCAAGGUAAAAAGUUACUCGCAACGGCUGCCGAGGAGGGCCUAUGGAACCGCAUUUGGAUCUUCAGUGAAGCGCUAACCAUGGCUAAACCAGAGUACUUAAGAGUACAGAAGGGACUUGGAUCAACCGGGACACACUUUGGUGUCCAACUGCCCAAAAUCAGCUCAAAUGGUUAUAUGAAAUAUUUGAGAAACAAAGUUACGAACAAGUCACGAGAACUAAAUCACUGGUGGAGAGAAUUCUGGCCAUUGGUACACAAAGAAAAUAACUGUUCCGUAGAUUGCAGCGAGGUAGCAUUUUCAAUGGUCCAAGAUGACUUUGUUCCUUACAUCAUUGACGCUAUCUACACGGCAGCGCAUGCCAUUGAUAAGUAUACCCGAUGCUUACGUCCAGAUGGGUCCAAUAUCACAGGCUCGUGUACACGUGGUCCAAAAAACCUGAGACCAGCAGAAAUGAUUGGUUAUCUGAAGAAGGUAUCUUUUGAUGGAGUGACUGGGAAAGUUGAGUUUGAUGAGCGAGGUGACCCAAAAGAAGCCUCAUAUGAUAUCGUCUACUUUAAUAUAACAAACUCCUCCACUGGGGAACAGAGACUAUCAAAGGAAACCGUUGGCCACUGGAAUAAAAAGCUUAAGAACAGACUUGUGUUUAAAGAAGAUGUUUAUAUAUCAUGGAAGACUAGUGAUGGAAGAUCACCAAUAUCACGGUGUACCGAAGAAUGCGUACCUGGGCAAUUUAAAGCACUUACUACCGCAUUUUGCUGGAAAUGCUUGCAAUGCCCUACUGGGAGUAUAACAACCAUAUAUGGAGCAUUUAACUGUAGCACAUGCUCAAAGACGCAAAUGUCGUCAUCAGACAACACCGUAUGUGAAGAUUUACCAAUUGGGAAUUUAAAAUGGACCGAUAUGAGUGGGGUAAUACUAGCUGGAGUCAGUGUCUUUGGACUUGUUUCUGAUAUCAUUGCAGUGCUUGUAUUCAUUCAAUAUCGCGAUACACCGAUGGUUAAGGCUUCGAAUAAAGUGUAUAGCUUUGUUCUUCUAAUUGGGAUUGCACUUUGCUUUGGAAUUGCUCUACUGCACAUUGCUGAGCCGUCCAAAGCUAUCUGCUAUGCCCUGAAGCCGUUAAGAUAUAUCAUCUACACGCUGUGCUGCUCAGCUCUCUUCCUUAAAACCAUGCAGAUAGUCCAUGCAUUUAACGUUUCAAGACUCAAAGACUGGAUCUGGAUUGUCAUAUGUAGUACAAAGAGACAAGUUCUAGUUCUUGUUCUAGUGCUGGCUGUUGAAGUAUUCUUGGGGCUAGCUUGGAUUCUUAUCGACCCUCCAUAUCUAAACGUCACCAUCAUUGCGAAGAGUCACGUGUUCCUAACCUGCGAGCCAUUCAGCAAAAUAACUGGACAAGUACUUGAGCUAAUGCUAUUGGCUUACUUGAUUUCCAUGGCAGGCCUCUGCACAUAUUACGCAUUUCGAGCCCGCAAUCUUCCCGCCAAUUUCAACGAAGCAAAAUACAUAUGUUUCUCUCUCUACAUAUUUCUUCUUUCUUGGAUAACCUAUUAUCCGGUUGACUAUGCCCUAGAGGGGUGGUAUGCGGCAAUUUUGUCCACGGCAACGAUUCUUCUUAGCUCUUAUGGGCUUCUGGGAUGCAUUUUUGUGCCUAAACUGUAUAUAAUUAUUCGGCAUCCAGAGAAGAAUACGGCAGAGUUUGUAAGAGCAGAGUUACGUCAAAGCACCAUAAACAGGUCAAUGAAUAAUGACAUUAGCAAUGGUUCCCGAGGCUCACCGGUUUGAUUGGUUCAUACUAAGAACAACAACAUCAAACACCAACUGCUACUGCAACAAUGGACAGCAACAGCAAUGAAACAACAAACACAAUCUGAGCAGGAGUUGCAAGAGCAAUAACUGCAGCGAUGGAAAGAGAGACAUCAACUGUGACAUACACAAUAACACACAAGUAACAAAAGCAGCAACAACAAGAACAACAACGAAAUCACCAGAAACAGCAAGAACAGCAGACAACAUAUUAACAUAAAAUAAGGGCAACUACAAAAACUGCAAAAACAAUUUAACAAAGUGUCAAGUACAGAUAGAGUAAAGCAAUAACGAUACUAAUUGCAUUAUCAAUAAAUAAGUAAACAUUUAGUCUACUAGUUCUUGGAAAUAUUAUACAUUACCGUAAUGAAAUUUAUCAAUUUAUCAAGACAUUUGAGGAGCAUUCAUAAUUUUUAUAAAAAUAUGUAGCUUGAUAGUUCUAUAGUACACUAUAAUUACCGUCCACAUUGCAUUUGUUACACCACAAGUCCAGAUAAGAUUGCAUAAGAUUGCAAUCCUUACAAUUGCAUUUAGCAGGUUAACAUAAAUCAGCUAAAAAAGUGCUUUUGGCACUUUGGUUUGCUUGAAUAGAUAUUUAAUUUUGAUUGACAGCAUUCUAUACUAGACUACUGAAAAUUGCAUGUUUUAAAUAUUGUCUUCCUUGUCAAGUUAAGUAAUGCAAACAAUAGUAAUAAAAUAUACAUAGGCAAAAAAGGCAUAUCUGAUACAUUGUUAGAUUUCGCAUUCUUAUCUCCCAUGUUAUGGGUACCACGUAUCUAAUCGAGACACUCUUUAAUUUAACUAAACUGUUAAAUAUUUUGAGUUUAUAUAGUGAUCCAUUCGUUUAAAUAAAAAAGUACAUAAAUUUGAGCAUAGUUGAAUAGUUCAGCUUAAGAUGGAGCUGUUAUUAUUAAUAUCAUUUCUGUAAAAAAAAAAAAAAAAUGCCCCGGAGCCCACAUAAAAGUGCUACAAAUGUGCUACAACAAGUCAGCAUCAGCAUUCACUGCAUAGAUGCAUUGCUAUUAUUUCUGCUAUUUCGAAAGGAACACAAACCAUGAAACAUGGAUGGACAAAUUUACUUAUAACGGGUUGUGUUCUGGAACUUUUUUUUAAAAAACAUUGCUUGGUGCCUUUUUGUACAAUUUGUCAUUCUAAUUAGAUAAAUUAAUACACAAAAUUACCUCUUUAUAAUAGUAUUUCUUUGUAUGUUAAGACCUUACCUUUUCUAGACGUCACAUUUUAAGGUUUUUCUUAUCCAACUUGGACUUUUAGCAUAAACUUAGCAAACUCGAGCACACUCGCAG